GUAGAGGGUACUUCCGUAAAUUCCCCCUAGUUUGUGCAGUCACGUUUCUCAUAUAUAUCAAUAGAGUCAGCAUCUCUCUUACUCUCAUGGACAAAGUCACAAAAGUGAUAAAAUCUCCUUCCACUUUCUAAUGUUUCUUGCUUAAAUGAGUAUUCCAUGUAAAAAAUGAGUCACUCACUCAUAUGGGUGGGUUGGGUUGGUUUUCUCUUCAUGAGAUGCUCAUUUGAGCAAGCAAUGUCUGUGAGUGGAACUAUUUAGUAUCAUGUUAUGAAUUUUGUCUUUUGUUAUAUAAACCCAUAAAGAAGAAAAAAAGCUGGGAUUUCAUUUUCAUGCCAACUUCACGUGAAUCUAAUGCGUUCAAGUUUGUGGUCUACCUUUAUUUGCUUAUGGAUACAUAUCAAUUUACGUGUCGUAUGAUUCAAGCCUUUAAUCAUCCCCACACCAUGCACGUCUUCUAGAUUUAUUUUCUACCACGAUUCCACCACAUAAUUUAACGUUGUUAUAAAUUCAAACACCUUUUUACGUGUUAUUGUCGAAUAUUUAUUUAUUUUGUUGGUUAAAGGAGAAAAAAUUUACGGUACAACACGUCGACUUCUUCCCCAAUUAGACCCAUAUGUGUGAGAUCUGUCGUCACUCGUCGCAAGUUUAUUUUGUGUCGUCUUUAACUUGAUUCAAUAUGAUUUCAAUUCAAUAAAAAAGUCUUAACUCCCACAACGAAAAGGCUUCUCUUUUUUGUUUGGUGACUGAAUGAAUCGGUGAAAAAAAAAACCAACUCAAGUUUGUUCCUUUUUGUCUCUCCAGAUCCGUUGGGUUCCUUCUUCUUCCUCGUGACUCUGUUUUGAACUUUUCUAGGGUUUCAAUUGUCGGCGCUUUUGAGAAUUUGAUUUCGGUUUUGGGAAGAAUGGGUGAUUGGGCUCAACUUGCUCAGUCUGUGAUCCUGGGUUUGAUUUUCUCUUACCUUCUGGCUAAGCUGAUCUCGAUCGUCGUCACGUUUAAAGAAGACAAUCUCUCUCUUACUCGUCACACCGAGGAGUCUCAAUUCGAGGUAAAACCAGAAGGGGUUGACUCGCGACGUCUCGAUUCUUCUAGCGGCGGCGCUGGUGGUGAGGCGGAUUCGCUUGUGGCGGAGCAGGGUAGCUCCAGAAGUGAUAGCGUCGUCGGUGACGACAGCGAGGAAGAUGAUGAUUGGGAAGGCGUCGAGAGCACGGAACUCGAUGAGGCUUUUAGCGCCGCCACUCUUUUCGUAACUACCGCCGCCGCAGAUCGGCUUUCGCAGAAGGUACCUAGCGACGUGCAGCAGCAGCUUUACGGAUUGUAUAAGAUUGCUACGGAAGGACCUUGUACUGCUCCUCAGCCAUCAGCUCUCAAAAUGACUGCUCGUGCCAAGUGGCAAGCAUGGCAGAAACUGGGAGCUAUGCCCCCUGAAGAGGCGAUGGAGAAGUAUAUUGAGAUUGUCACUCAGCUAUACCCAACUUGGUUAGACGGUGGCGUGAAAGCCGGAAGUCGGGGUGGGGAUGAUGCAGCCUCCAACUCAAGAGGAACCAUGGGACCAGUUUUCAGGUCGUUGGUUUAUGAUGAGGAAUCCGAAAAUGAGUUGAAGAUUGAUGCCAUACACGGAUUUGCUAGAGAAGGAGAAGUCGACAAUUUGCUGAAAAGCAUUGAAAGCGGCAUUCCUGUAAAUGCAAGGGACAGUGAAGGUCGCACACCGUUGCACUGGGCUAUUGACCGUGGCCACCUCAACAUCGCCAAAGUUCUUGUCGAUAAGAACGCCGAUGUGAAUGCUAAGGACAACGAAGGCCAAACCCCUUUGCAUUACGCUGUUGUAUGCGACAGAGAAGCCAUUGCCGAGUUUCUAGUGAAACAGAAAGCAAAUACAGCCGCUAAAGAUGACGAUGGAAACUCUCCCCUCGAUCUCUGCGAGUCAGACUGGCCCUGGAUCCGAGAUUCUGCAAAGCAGACAGACUAAACAAAUACUAACCACGUCUUCUCUAAUCCCGCAAUGUAUAUGAUCAAAUGACUUAGUAAGAAGCUUUUCUUUACUUUAAACUUUCCUUCCAUCCCUACCAUAUGGUUCCAACACUAUAUCACUUGGCUGUUUCCAAGUCUUGUUCUUUAAUUUCUUUCUUCUUACAUUGCAACAAUCUUUUGUUCCUUCAGGCUUUAUGACAUAUAUCGUAACCGGUUUUUAUUGGUUUGCUA